CUGACAUGCACCCAAGCUCUGCUGCUUCUCUACUGCCUGUACAACUGCUGCUCUCUGCUCGCUCUAGACCGUUACCCCUCUCUCUCUCUCUCUCUCUCUCUCUCUCUCUCUCUCUCAGAGAAGCAACAGAAGCUUUGGGUUUGAAUGCCAGAGAAGGGGAGAGAAGGGGGUGAAAUGUUCUACUCUCACUGCCUUCUUUCUAGAAAGGGGCCUUUGGGCAUCAUAUGGAUAGCUGCCCAUUGCUACAGAAAGCUUAGAAAGCAACAAAUUGCAGAAACUGACAUCUCUUCUUCUGUUGAUAAGAUCAUGUUAGCUGAAGUUCUUGCAUUUAGAGUACUGGGUUUCCUUCUUAUAGGCGUUGUAAGGAUAUACUCAAAGAAAGUUGAGUAUCUCUACCAUGACUGCAAUGAGGCUUUAAUCAGAAUAAGAGAUCCCUUUAUUUCUGGAAAGAUUGGACUCUCUAAAGAAGCUCAACAUACAUCAUAUUUUCCUAUCACUUUGCCAGAGAGUUUUGAACUUGAUGCUUUCAAUCUUGAGGGCUUCGAAGAUGGCAGUCAUGUCAAUCAUGUCAGACCCAACAAAGAGAUCACACUUCAAGAGACGUGGGCAGAUGAAGCAAGUCAGCAUUCCUCUAUGGAAAAGAGGUCUUAUUUAGUGUACAUGCAGAUGCUGUAUUAUAGCGAGGAGACAACUGCCCAUCAUGAAUUCCAGCCUUCAAGUUUGACACUGGCAGACAACAUUUUUCUGCCUGAUGCUAUGGAUAUCGAUCUCGAGAUCAGCGACUUGCACAAUUCGAGUGGUUUGAAAGAAAGUAGGGAGAAGCUUCAAAGCACUCAACUCCAUCUAGAAGGAUGCCUAAACCUUGAUAUGUUUCGUGGGACAGUGGAACUUCUGGACCUCAGUCAAUGUUUGAAUGAACCAAGUGAUUGCAUAGAACAGAUAAAGCUGCAGGAGGUUCUUUCAGAUAUUGAAAAAUCUCACCUUCGUACGGAAGGAAACCCACUUGAUGGAACACCGGCCAAAACUCCCGACAACUUCCCAUAUCCAUUAGUUGAUGCUACCCCUGAAGUGAUGCUUGUUCCUACUCCAUCUAACAAGGAGCGGAACCGGAAGCCAAGGAAAAGAAAACGUCCCUUCGAUGGGACCAUUGUGUUAUCAAAUGAGGCUUUGAGGCAGGGGCUAUGCGAUGCAAGUAGUUUGGUACAUGUGCGGAGGAAAGCUCCCCAAACUAUACUCAGUGCCUGGAAGGCCAACAAAAUCUCUAAUCUACAUACGAGUUUCUUGGAGCCUUUGACUCCUGGUAUUUCAUCGGAGCUUAAAGCACUCUUCACAAGAAAUCAUUUUGAUCGUCUGGAACCAAAGGAUCCUGCAGAGGGUCCCACUCAGUCAGAUGAAGAGGAAUUUGAAACACACAUGAACUUGUCAGAUGAUAAUGCAGUCUCCCCAAGAAAUGCUUUUGUCAAUCCUUCGGCGUCAUUUAUGUCUGCAGAGGCUACUGCAACCAUUAACUCAAAUGAAGUGAGAUUUGAACUGCCAAUUGAAAGAGAGGAGUGGCCUGCUACUCCUGCAGCCAGUAACUCAAACGGAGCAAGAUUCAGAACGCCAAUCAGAAGUGAGGGAGAGGAGCCACCUGCUAGUGGAACUCCAGAUUUUUGGCAGAAUCUGAUGGAUGAGGAGAUUAGUUCUCAUGAAGUGGGUCAAUGGAACCAAGAUAGAUGGUUGAUUAGAACCAGGACUGUGGCACAGCAUCUGCAUAACUGCUUUUCAAAACAAGAAGAGGGUAAACAGAAGGGAGUGUUAAGCUUGGCUUGCCUUUUGGAAAGAAGCACAAGAAAAACAUGUGCUAGACUGUUCCAUGAGACUCUGGUUUUAAGGAGCGUAGGGUAUAUAGAUGUGAAGCAAGAUUCCCCUUAUGCUGACAUUCUUCUGCUGCCGACCCCACAAAUCAAAGCAAUGUUCUGAACGCAGAUAGCACAUGCAAACGAUGUGGGAAGCUGCACAACGCCUGCAAAUCUCAAGCCACAAUGAUGAGCUUGCAAAUGCAGAGGUAACUCAGGUGUUCAGAAGCUGGAGUUUCUGCUCCUUGUUAUGAUUAACAGAGUACAAGUCACAUGCCCCCACCCUGUUGUAUUAUAAAACAUCUUCUGUAUAUAUAAUUAGCCACAUUUCUGUCCAUGUAUAGAAUAGAACAUCCACCAUUUUUUUUUUUUCCAUCCUUCUUUCAAUACUACUAACCUUCUUUCUCCAGCCAGUAGUUCAAAAACCCCAAAACUCUGAACUGACUUGAUGUUCAGCCUAGUCUAAUGGAGAUGGAGACUCAAACCUGACU